CAGGACGUGCGCAUCUGCUCGGACGAGGUGUUCACGGGGUUCCUGCUGUCGGCCCAGCAGGAGACCCAAGGAGUGUCACCCCAGCAGGUGGACCUGGACGUCUUCCUCAUGAGCUGGCAGAAGGUGACCGUCCGCGUCUGCUCCACGGACCCCACUCGGCUCGUCACGGAGGCUGUGGCGAGGGCCAUUGGACUGCCACUGGACCUGGUCUGCUACUUCGCCCUGUUCCUGGUGAAGAAGGGGGAUACGGAUAUCACCAUCCUCAGGCGCCUGGAGAACUUUGAGGCCCCGCACCUGUCCCUGGCGUCUGCAGGUCCUGGCCACUGCGUGGUUGUCCGGAAGAGCUACUGGGACAGCGGCUGGGACCGGGCGCUGCUGGACGACCGGGUGGCCCUGAACCUGGGCUACGUGCAGGCCCUGAGCGACCUGGACCGGGGCUGGGUGCUGGCCCCCAAGGAGACCCAGAGGCAGCUGGCAGCCCUGCAGGCCAAGGGCUCCAAGAGGGAGUACCUGCAGCUGGCGUGCACGCUCAAGUACUACGGCUACCUGCAGUUUGCCCCCUGCCACUGCGACUACCCGCAGCCCGACACCAGGGUGCUCAUCAGCGCCGGCGGCAGGGAGCUCAACUUCCGGCUGGCCCUGGCUCAGGACCAGGUGAAGGAGGUCAGCUUCCGAGUGACGAGGAUACGCUGCUGGAGGAUCACCACCGCCGUGGGAGAGGAGGUGAACGGAGAGGGGCACACCCAGCAGAGGCUGGAGCUCUCCUUUGAGUACCUCAUGAGCAAGAACAAGCUCCAGUGGGUCACUGUGGUCAGCAGCCAGGCGAUCCUGCUGAGCGUCUGCCUCCAGGGCAUGGUGGGGGAGCUGCUGCUGAAGAAGCAAGGCGCCAGCCGUCCCGGCCAACCUGGUGGGCUCUCGCACCCCAAGGCCGGCCGCAGGGGCUCGUGGAGCUUUCUGCGCAGAGACGGCAGCGGCUACCAGAUCUCGGUCAGCCGCUCCGCCUCCAGCGACGGCAUCGUCCGGGACGCCGGAGAAGAUUCAAAGCCCAGGCCCAGAGAUUUCCCUAAAAAAUUGACCGACGGAAAACGGGGAACGUCUCUCACAUCUCCGAAAGCCACGAUGGAGAACGACGCUUUCGAAGGCAUCGGAGACGACGACCUCUGAGUGCCACACUGGGCCUGGAGGACUGGCGGAGAACCAGUGCCAAGCUGCUCGGACGCCACACUUCCUUCCAGCACCGCCUCCCCAACAGUCGGCAGACGAGAAGUUCUGCUGGUGGGCCAACACAGACUGGUCACAAGCUGCGGGAGCGGGUUGCGAGAUUUGUUAACGGGUUCCACGACCGGAACUCGAAGUCUUCUCUCUGCGCUUGCACAUGUCACUUUCGCCGUACGUGGCCGGCGUAAGACGGUUCCGUCCGUGGAAACUCCGCCCUCGGAGGGCGGGUGCACCGAGGCCACGCGACAAGCUGGCGUGGGGUUGGUUCUCUUCGCGGUUUCGACGCAGUUGUGGGCUGGCCAGUUUGUCGGUUGUGGGUGCUUUUUUCCUACUUAGUUUUUGGCCAAAGUUUAUUUGCCUCAUUUUUUACUUCGCUAAAUUAGCUACGGUUUAGUUAUUUUGAGUCACGGUAUAAUACGCCGAGAAACACGGACAAAAACGGUGCAGUGUGCGAAGGGGCUCUCGGGGGGGUGGGUACGUCCGUCGUCUUGCCUUGUAUUCCCAAGAUGUCCCACAAUCUAAACAAGGUGGCCUAUCGCUUUGACGUACCGGUUGUUUUUUCUGCACCAAACAAACAAGAGCAGACCGGGAGAGACCCGCAAAAAACGACGUGUCGCUAAGUUCCACGAGCGCACCACUAGCGUCUCGUACGAAAUUGCUCCGUCAUGUGGUGAACGGUGGUGAAACAUGGAGGUGCAUCGAUGAUAGGGUCAGAGAGCGUGCGGUGGCGAUCGGUCAGUCCCCGUCUGGCCACCUGGCGGUGCACUGUGACCGUCGCCACGAGAAGCCCCUUCUUUAGUGAGACCUGCGUCGUGGUCCGUUAGAAAACAAAAAGGGGCAGAUAAAUUCACGAAGCCUUCCGGAUGAAGGCCCACCGCGACAACUCUGGCGUAAGCGCACCCUCUUUGUCAUUGUCCGAUAAAGAAUUCUACUAUAUGAAGAACCACUGACGCUGGUAUCUGAGGGGUGUGUGUUUUUAGACCAUAUUCUUGUGUUCUGCCAAGUGAUUUCAUCCAAAUGAACCAUUCAGUUGAAAGCUACACCGCAUCCAGUUCUCCCUUCGUUUUCGUUUGUGUUUUUUGGCGUAUUAUACCAUGAUGCAAACCAACUAGCCAUCCUUAUUCAAAUCCAUUAUUAUGAGAGGAUCUGUUUAGUAUUAUAGUUGAAGACGUUCCUUCGUCCCUAUUUGUAUGGGAGCGUUUGUUUUCAAGUGGUCGAUUGGGCAAGGGCUCAAGGCGUCAUUCUUUAGCGUUUCACUUUUACCAUUCGAACCUUCCAUGAAAUGCUCACGUCAAAGUGCGGUGCGCUUGCCGAUAAUUUGGGGACCUUUGGAAUGUGUAAAGCGUGUGGAUGGUAGGGUCCUAAGACGCAGUCGGAAAUCUCUGUAGUGGACCUUGGAGUUGACGAUAAGCAAACAGAGACAUCAAUACCGCUUGCUUUCUGCUUUUGUCACAUUCAGACGCAACGGGUCGUGUUGUAUUUUCCGCAGUGUGGAUCGGCCGAACGAAGAUUUUGUGCCAAAAGUUAGCUCGAGCCUGGAUGGAGGAGAUUGGAGGUUGAUACGUCGAAAUGUGCACGGACAUGGUGUGCACUCACUGGUGGCAAUUAGCUUAAAAAUCUCUUCCAAUGUGCAGUUGGACGACACUCGCUGAGCAUUGCCCCCUGGCCGUGUCUGUAAAUAGUGUGCUUUUGAUAUGUCCAGAAACUGGGAAAGGAUGUUUUGCGAGUAUAUGUACAGUGCGUGGGGAGGCCAAGGCUUGUUGACAGUGUGUAUAUACAUAAAGGUGAGCAUCUAUCUAUAUUUUGUAUCAUUCCAACGAGUAUUGGGGCUGUCUGCUCGAUUGUUUUAUAUCGAUUGUGACCGUUUUUAUCUCGACUCUCAAGAGGAGGCGAUGUGAGCGGGCGUGCAGCCAAACAUUUGUUUGGCUGCCGGUUCUUGUUUCUGUUUUCCCCGUAGAGAAUACUCAUGCUUCGAAUGCUUUACACAUUGUUUUUAAAAAAAGCUGCGGAAGCUGCUCUAAUGGAGUCUGUAUAGGCGAGUUAUAUUGCGAGGGGGCCUUAUAGGCCACUGAAUGUCGCAAAAAGUCAGAUAAUUAACUUACUGUUUGUUCAUUAACGUCUUAAUUGGUGAAAAUGAACAAGUUCCAAGUAGAAACUUGCUAAGCAUUGAGAAAAACCGCUACAUGGGUCGUGUUUAGAAAGGCUCGAGGUGGGGAGUGCAGGGAUGCACUGACCUACGCAACACACGCGAAGCUGGGGGUGCCAAAACAGGGAUGAUGAAAUUCUCAUCCAGAUUUUUGCAGCACCAGCCUCGUGCCAUUGCACAGAAGAUAACCUUAGCGCCCCACCACACUUCCCCCCACUCCUUCUAAAGUCUACUAAUGAAUGGUUUUUGAGCAAGUUUCUCAUGAGAACUGUGCGUUUAUUUUUACUAAUUCAAAAGUUAAGGAACAUGUUUUAGUUAUUGGGAUGAUUAGCCCCUUAUAGUAUGUCCCCUUGGCAUAUGGCCCACCUGCCCAAACGGCAUUGGUAGUGUAGCUUCUAUGGCUUUCUUUCCACAAAUCUGUAAAAGGCCUAAAAAAAACAGCAUAUAGUAGCACGUUUGGCUGAGGUUUCUGGAGGGCAAUGUUUUGUUCAGUUGGAAAGCUUACCUUUUCCUUAAACCGUAUGGUGCUCUUUGCUGUUCCUUGAACCGUAUCGGAGCCAUCCAGUCUUCCCAGAUUUUAUUUUAUUUGAAUGACUAUGCUGCGAGCUAGGCUUUGUAGUUUUGCUUUUAAUUGUUUGCAUCUUUGUGGGAAGUCACUCAGUAAGAAACAAAUCUAGCAACUCUUUCUGGUUUUGUUAUUUACACUGAUAAGAGAGAAAAACAACUUGAGAUUUGCAUUGAGCCUCCAGAAACUGACAGGAAAUGCCUUAGGCCUGAAGGGAAGCCCCAUAAUGAAUAUUAGUUUACUAUUUCCAUAUUAUUUGAACGUUGACUGUAAGCAAUCCUUAUGUACUAUCCACACAUACAUUUCUUGUUUUAUAUUUAUCGUGUAACGAUGACUGUGCCCAAUUUACAAUCUUCUGCGGUAUGUGAUACUUCAUAGUACUUGGGAUUUCUCUUGGUUUUGGAUGAUAUAGUGCGAGUCCAGUCUGCAAAUAUUUUGCUUAUACUCUCUUGUGCUUUUGGGGCAGAAUAGCUAUUGCAAAUCCGAAAAUAAUCCUUAGAUAAAUUCAGGGUUUUUUUUUCGUAAAAAUGAACUUUUUUUUUUAUAUGGUGUUUCUGUUGCCUUGGUAUGUAGACAACUCAUUCUUGGUGCAAAAGUGCUUGUUUCAAUGUGUCUUCUCACAUGUUAUUCUGAUGACUAUUUUAGGGACAGCUGAAAUGGUUAUGGACUCGAGUAAAGAGGGAAUAAAAGUGAUUUCUGUGCACCUUGACA